AAAGGUUUCCAGUAUCACGUGCACGAUGACUUCGUGGAGCUACGUAACCUACCCCGACACAACCCUUCCACUGUUGCCCACCAUUGCUGGACAUCUGGCCCGUUCUCUGAGCAUGAAACACCAUAGUCGAAUACUCUGGUUCGUUCGGCAUGGUGAGCGAGUUGAUAAUGUAGACAAAUCGUGGAAAAAGACGGCGAAGCGAUGGGAUGACCCACCGCUCAGUCCCCGAGGACAUCAACAGGCGCGCGAAGUUGGAACAGCUCUGGCUCAAGAACCUAUCGACUACGUGAUCUGCUCACCAUUUACCCGUUGCUUAGAAACAGCUACCGGAAUACUGGCAGCUAAGAAAAUUUCGCCUCCGGUGUGGAUUGAACCAGGCCUGGGUGAAUCACUUAAUGUAUGUAUGUCACCGCCGGGACGGCCAACAAUGGAGGAGAUAAAGAAAAUGAUUCCGAGUGUGGAUGACACCUAUGAACCGGUAUAUAGCGUAUUGCCACCAGAAAUAGGGGGAGACGCUGGAUGCAUCCCUAGGGUGAUCAAGACGUUACGUACACUCUUGGCUAGAUAUCCCACAGGUAAUAUACUGUUCAUUUCACAUGGUAGCCCCACAGCCGCGUGCCAUUUAGCAAUAUGCGGGUCAUGGAAAUAUGUUGGACAAUGCACUAUAGGAAAAGUCAUUACCGAAGCGGGUAGUAUGAAGUGCGAGUAUUUUGGUGACAAAAGGCAUCUUUCGAAUCAAACAGACUUACACGAAAGGCAAAGUGCAGCAAGAGAAUGCACAAAGGAAGACAUUGAAGAAGCUUUGAAAAAUGUCAAUGAAUUGUGAUAUGUCAAUUAUUAAUCAUGAAG